CGGAAAUUUGCAGCAGCAAUUCUUUCUAGAAAUCUCUCGCCGUUUCUCGCUAGCCCAGCUCUAGGUUGGUCCGUCUAAGUUUACCUUGGCUCAACCCAACCGGCCGCUGCAUUGAACAUAAUACACACAUCUGAAAAGUGCAGAGUUUUUUGAAGUUUUUAAAAUUCUAGAUCCGGGUUAUCUUGGUUUAGCCCACCAACGUUAGCCGAGUCAUAUCCGAAGCUAACGCUGUGAGGUUCUCGCUGGCAUCAUGUCGAGAAUAGACUACAGCGUGUGGGACCACAUCGAGGUGUCAGACGAUGAAGAUGACAUCCACCCCAACAUCGACACACCCAGCCUCUUCAGAUGGAGACACCAGGCACGCGUGGAGCGAAUGGAGGAUUUCGAGAAAAAAGGUGAAGACAUAAACAAGUCCCUUGGCGAUUGUCGGCGCAAGCUGACGGAUGCACAGAAGAAAAUACAAGAGCUGACCAUUUCGUCAACGGAUGACGCCAAAGCGGAGCUGAACAAAACCCAGGCCGAGGAGAAGAAACUGAAAAAAGAGGAGCGGGAUUGGGAGAAGAAGUCGGGGGAACAUAACCAGGACGAGAAGAAGAUGCCGUGGAACGUCGACACGCUGAGCAAGGAGGGUUUCAGCAAGAGCGUUGUCAACGUGAAACCUGAAUCUGAUGAAGAGACCGAAGAACAGAAGGAGAAAAAGCACAAAACCUUUGUUGAGAAAAAUGAGAAGCAGAUCAAACAUUUUGGCAUGAUGCGACGUUGGGACGACAGCCAGACGUACCUCUCUGACAACUCGAGUCUCGUUUGUGAAGAGACCGCCAACUACCUGGUCAUCAUGUGCAUCGACCUGGAAGUGGAGGAGAAACACUCAUUGAUGGAGCAAGUGGCUCAUCAGACCAUCGUCAUGCAGUUCAUUCUGGAGUUGGCAAAAAGCCUCAAGGUGGACCCCCGCGGCUGCUUUCGACAAUUCUUUGCAAAGAUUAAGACCGCAGAUAAGCAGUACCAGGAUGCUUUCAACGACGAGCUGGAUUCUUUUAAGGAGCGGGUUCGGGGCAGGGCGAAGAUCCGCAUCGAAAAGGCCAUGAAGGAAUACGAGGAAGAGGAGCGGCAAAAGCGCCUGGGACCGGGAGGGCUCGACCCUGUUGAUGUGUACGAGUCCCUGCCAGCUGAGAUGCAGAAAUGCUUUGAUGAUAAAAACAUCCAAAUGUUACAAGAGGUUAUUAGCAAAAUGGACCCAACGGAUGCGAAGGUUCACAUGAAGCAGUGCAUAGAAUCGGGCCUCUGGGUCCCCAACUCCAAGACAGACGAUGGGGAUGAAAAGGAGGAAGAAGCUGCCGAAGAGGAGGUGAAACCGGAGCAGGAAGAAACUAAGAAGGAGUGACCGACAUUGAUCCCGUGAUUUUGUUUCCGCAAAUGUACCUACCUACUGUAUUGCGCCUCCAUAAUGUGUAUGACUAGUUUACCAAUCAUGGAACAAUGUAAUAACUUCUCUAAAAUGUUAAACUGAGACUUGAGGUAUUAGUGUUCGCCUAUCUGCACAACUACGUUGAAUCGGUAACUCCCGCUUGGAAAAGAAACUGCUGCGCGUGUUUAGGGCUUUUAUUUGUCGGCUAUAUUCUUCCAUGUACUUGUAUACACCUGCCAGUGUGUGUGUGGGAGUGCCUGCCUGCUUCACUUGUGCUGUUGUGUGGUUAAAAAUGUUCUAUACAUUUUCAGGUUGUGCAGUUAAUUAAUUGGGUGGAAGGAUUUAGCAAAUUAUUUUUUGUUUGUUUGUUAGACUUUUAGGGCUUGAGAGACCAAUGUAUUCAGAUGGUUAUUUCCCAAAAGUGAUAUUUUCUACAAACUUGCUUAACUAAUAGUUGAAUUAUAUCCAACUACCCAAAACGGAGGUGUUAUUGUUUUGUUUAAAAACUCAAGGUGUGGGUGACUUGCUUUUCAAAUCAUAAACUAAGGGGAACUAAUUAGUUAUAAGAGAAUGAGCUGUUUUAACAUGGAGUGACCUUGGUAUUGGUUUUCUAAAUGUGUCCUAUACAUGUGUUACUGUUAUUAUAUUAGACAGAUAUGAUAAGGCCUAGAACACCACAGUACACACUGGAUAUCAAAAGACACAACCAAGAGUAAACAUAAGCAGGGCUUGUUUGAGAUGGGUGUGGUUGGAUUCUACAGUCACUUUUUAUGCUUUUAUUUUGAAGGUGCAAAUGCCUUCGCUGCCAUUAUAGAAAUAAACAAACAUUGAGUGAAAAAGCUUGGAAAAAAAGCAUUAUUUGACUAUUUUGAAUAUCACCAAAUAACAGAGUCUGUGUUUUGAUUUCAAGUCAAGUCUCUUAUGGUUUUAAUUAUUUUCUGCUGCAUGCCAUCUGUUCUGCUUAACGUCAAAACAAUAUCUAAGGAGUUGCAUCACUCCUUUAUCUCUCAGCAUACGAUGCCAGCAGUGAGUAGUCGAUUGUUUUAUGAUCUCUUUAAACAGGCUAUUGCAAUGCAAUAUGAAAAACAACACAGUGAAGACAUUCCUUAAAAGCAGAGAGACAACCUCAACCAUUCCUCAAAGACACGCCCUGCUCUGCCCGUGAUUGGCUACACGUUGCACCCGUCAUUUUAAAAAAAAGUUUAUUGCCUUCGAACAAGAUUGGUGGGAAAGGAUGAGGCCUUCUUGUAUCGUGCUCUCAGAUAUAAUAACAAUGCCCUGCUUGUGGAAGAUUGAUUUUCUUUAAUAUUUUUUGCACGAUGCCAUUUUUGGAUUGAAUAAACAUCUUAGAUCUG